AUGGCCAGUCCCCAGCACCUCGUGGGCACUGCCGACCUCAACCUCAUUGAGGCUCCAGUCACCUGGCGCGCCUACAUGAUCUGCGGUUUCGCCAGCUUUGGAGGUAUCCUUUACGGCUAUGACUCCGGUUACAUCUCUGGUGUCCUUGGCAUGGACUACGUCAAGGAACACUUCGGUCAUGCUGUGCCCAAGACUGAUGAGACCCCCAGCGGCUUCAUCAUUGCCAGCUCCCGUAAGUCGCUCAUCACUUCGAUCCUGUCCGCCGGUACCUUCAUCGGUGCUCUGCUUGGUGGCGCUGUCUCUGAGCGUAUUGGUCGUCGUCUUACCAUCAUGCUUUCCUGCUUGAUCUUCGCUAUCGGUGUUGCCGUCCAGGUCGCUACUGUGACCGUUGGUGGCCUGGUUGGUGGCCGUUUGGUUGCCGGUCUGGGUGUCGGUGGUGUUUCUGCUACUGUCAUUCUGUACGUCUCUGAGAUUAGCCCUCGCAAGGUCCGUGGCCUGCUCGUGUCUGCGUACCAGUGGGCCAUCACCAUCGGCUUGCUUGUAGCAUCUGGUGUCGAUCAAGGCUGCAAAGACUUAGAUUCGCGGUCUUCGUAUCGAAUUCCUAUUGGUCUGCAAUUCAUUUGGGCGGCUAUUCUCGCUGCGGGACUCUUCGUUCUUCCCGAGUCGCCUCGCUACUAUGUUCGAUGUGGCCGUAUGGAGGAUGCCCUCCGCUCCCUUGAGAGAGUCCGCGGUCAGCCACGCGCCAAUCCAGCUGUCCAGGCCGAACUUGCCGAGAUCAAGGCCAAUUUCGAGUACGAGAAGCAGAUUGCCAGUGACUCGUGGGCCGACUGUUUCAAGGGUGGACUUUCUCCUCGUGGCAACAUGCGUCGAGUGAUUGCCGGAACCUGUCUUCAGAUGUUCCAGCAGUGGACUGGCAUCAAUUUCAUCUUCUACUACGGUACUACUUUCUUCCAGUCCGUAGGCAUGAAGAAUGCCUUCCUCAUUUCGACCAUUAUGAACGUUGUCAAUGUGGUCACCACUCCAGCCUCUUUCUGGAUGAUUGAGAAACUUGGUCGUCGCACUCUGCUUCUUUAUGGUGCGGCCAUCAUGUGUGUUUGCGAGUUCCUUGUUGCAAUCAUCGGCGUUGCCAAGGAGGGAAGUCAAGCUGCGAGCACAUGCCUCAUUGUCUUCACUUGCUUCUACAUCGCUGCUUUUGCGACUACCUGGGGUCCCGCGGCUUGGGUUGUUGUCGGUGAGAUUUAUCCUCUUCCAAUUCGAGCCAAGGGCGUUGCUCUUGCCACUGCUUCCAAUUGGUUCUGGAACUGUGUGAUUGCCGUUAUCACCCCAUACAUGGUCGACGAGAACGAAGGCAAUCUGAAGGUCAAGGUCUUCUUCGUCUGGGGCAGUGCCCUCUUCCUGUGCCUGUUGUUCGCCUACUUCUUCAUCCCCGAAACCAAGGGCCUCACUCUGGAGCAGGUUGACAAGAUGCUGGAGGAGUCGACCCCGGCGACCAGUGCCAAGUGGAAGCCGCACGAUACCUUCGCGCACGAGAUGGGCAUGGUUGACAAGAUCGAGCCCACCGUUAGCAUGGAGGAGCAUCAUGCCAAGACCAUGGCUGACACUGACCAUGUCCGCGUCGUCUAA